UGCUUUUAACCGUGUUAAAUUAAUAAACUUUUGUAGUGGAGAGAGACAGAAAGCCUCUCAACCUCAGUUGGAUACUUAACAAUUUCUAACCACGAAAAGACUGGUUUGCAGGAAUGGCCUUCAAACAUGAUAUUUAUCAACCCGGAAAUUUACUUAUAUCCAAAAUCCCACUUCAAAAUCAGUAUAAUAUGACACACGCGGCUUCGCAUUUGCAUGCCUACACAUACGUGGAAAGCUCAACCGAAGCUCGCAACUCUGCCAUGGCUGCCUACCCUUCCUUCGCUUGUGGAACCCACAACACAAAAUCACUCCCUCCCUCCACGUUCUAUACAUGCACCCACACCCCAUUCCUAUAAAUACAAGCACCCAGUCCACCACCCUUUUCACUCCACUCUCUAUUACCACCAUCUACCUCUUCAGAAUCAUCAACAAUGGCGAGACUCACAGGGAUCCUUGCUCUCAUAUUGAUGGCGGUGCUGGUUUCUGAUGCCUACGCCUACCGCACCAUCACCACCGUGGAAGUGAACAAAGACAACGAAAGGCGGGCGGAGAGGUGCAGCCAGAUGAGGGCCCACGAGGAGAUUGGCAGCUGCGUUCAGUACCUCACGCAGCAGAGCAGAGAUGUGUUGCAGAUGCGUGGAAUCGAGAACCAGAGGAGGAGAGAAGGGCAAGUCUUCGAUGAGUGCUGCAGAGAGCUGAGGAAUGUGGAUGAGCAGUGCAGGUGCGAGCUCUUGGAGCAGAUAGCGAUGUGGGAAACGAGGAAAGGACGACCCCAGGAAACAAGGCAAAUGCAACAGAGGGCUAGGAACUUACCAUCCAUGUGUGGACUCCGCCCACAGCAAUGCUACUUUUAAGCGCCUAUGCCCCGCACCGGCACAUCAUCGUGUGCUUCCACUAAAUAAAGAUAUAUGAAUUCCAUGAUCGAAA